GAAGCCAACCAAAGAGUCCUCGCAAAAGUUGAUGCAGCGAAACCAAAAACAGCGCCGCAGAAUUUCUGAAGCUGUGAUGCGGGAUUGUUGCCGCACUCAAUCGCAGUUUUCACUCUGAAUUUGUGGUUUCGUCCAAACUCAUACAGUCGACGCAAUUCGAGGUCGAAAUUCGGUGACGAUGAGUUUGGAAGCAGGGGAAACCGAGUUAGGGCUUCCCAGAGACUCGUGGCUAUGGACAAUGCACACAAUGCAAUGAAAUCUCGUUGGUGCUGAUCGUGGAAUUGGGAAUUAGGUUUGGCUGUGUCGUAGAUUUUGUGGAGUUGAUGGCGGUGGUGAAGCUGAUGCUGAGAUUGUAGGAUUGAUAGAAGUAGUGGACGAGGAAGCUUGGUGAUUCAGGCAUGGCCUUGCCAGUGGGAAUGGUUCACAGGAGACUCGUGUUUCAAGCUGCUGCGUGGCCUCGGCCUGCAGCGAUGGUAUUCGGUGCUGGAGGAUUGAGAAGUGUCAUCUCUGUUUGUGGUAGCUUGAGUCGGAGUGCGAAUGUGGCCAGAUUACAAUGCCGGUGCUCAGGGUCGGCACUGCGAGUGCGGGCAUUGCAUGGAGCUGUUGGCGAGGGAGAGCGUGGAGGAGGGCUUGUAUUGGGCAUCGAGACUAGCUGUGACGACACCGGUGCGGCCGUGGUCACUACAGAUGGUCGCAUUCUUGGGGAAGCACUUGCAUCGCAGGCGGACUUGCUAGUUCAGUGGGGUGGAGUUGUGCCCAACCUAGCCCAGGAUGCCCAUGCCAAGGCUAUUGAUAGGGUCGUGGCAGAAGCUCUUGCGAAAGCAAAUGUCCAAGAGGGAGACCUUUCUGCCGUGGCCGUUACCAUCGGUCCAGGAUUAAGCAUGUGUCUACGAGUGGGCGUUAGCAAGGCAAGGGAAAUAGCACGGGUUCACCGCCUGCCCAUGGUUGGUGUUCAUCACAUGGAAGCGCAUGCACUUGUUGUCAGGCUGACAGAAAAAGGAGUGGAGUUCCCUUUUGUGGUGCUCUUAGUUUCAGGAGGACACAACUUGCUUUUGCUGGCUCAAGACGUUGGUCAAUAUACACAGCUGGGCACCACAGUUGACGAUGCCAUUGGUGAGGCGUAUGACAAGACAGCGAGGCUUCUAGGGUUGGACUUAAAACGUGGAGGGGGUCCAGCUCUUGAACAGCUUGCUUUGGAAGGAGAUGCUAAUGCUUUUAACUUUUCUGUGCCUAUGCGACACCGUCAAAAUUGUAAUUUCUCAUAUGCUGGCCUCAAGAAUCAGGUCCGCAUGGCCAUCGCUUCUAAGAGCAUUAAUGCUGAAGUGCCGCUAGCAGAGGCAGACCCUGAAGACCGCCGUCUUCGAGCAGACCUGGCAGCAUCUUUUCAGAGAGUUGCUGUACUUCACCUGGAGGACAGAUGCCGCAGAGCUUUGGAGUGGGCACGGAAAAUUAAUCCUUCAGUGCAGUGUUUGGUUGUAUCAGGAGGCGUAGCUUCCAACCAAUUAGUUCGGAGCAGACUGAAUUACAUCUCUCAAGAAGUUGGGCUUCGCCUUGUAUGUCCCCCGCCUCGCCUCUGCACCGAUAAUGGAGUGAUGGUAGCGUGGGCAGGUAUUGAGCACUACAACAGGGGGAUGACACAGCCUCCUCCCCCGAUUGAUGAAACUUCUGAUUGUUGGCUUGAUUUGAGGCCACGCUGGCAGCUGGGAGAGAUUUGUGAAGAUGGUCUUACGGAUACACAUGUCCGAUCUUUGAAGAAGACGGGUACUCAUCCCUCACUAACAGCACAAGUUCGAAGUUUUGCUGAGGGUAACUGCUAGCGUCAAUCAAGUGUCUCUCUUAAUGUCACUUUUCAUAGGUUGUUCACUCUGCAACAAUGAAAGUUAGUCCAAAGACUAGGAAGAAAUGAGGAAGCUUUUCUUAUUUAAUCUCCUUAAGUGAAGUUUUGUUUACGACAAAGAAGUAUCAAUAGUAGAGUUUAGCAAAUUGAAUUGAACUCA